CCUGGAUCCGUCAAGGCAGCACGUAUCAAGGCUACGACGGGGUUAACAUUCGUCCGUCAGCGUUGUCCUAUCGCUCGACUGUCCCGGGCGUGAGCCUGACACAGGUGCACACGCGCCACGGACCAACUGACGCAGAUACCCGCAGAGCGCCCAGAUUUCCGGGUUCCCCAGUGCCCAACGCCCAUUCAAUCGGUCGAUCGGUCGUCUUGGCACAGCAACUACCACAGCUGCGAAGCGGGUUAGGUGACGCGAGAUAGGUCGUCGAACGGGCGGGAUGAACCACCGGACAUCGAGUCGAGGGGAGGAUGGCCGCACGUAGGCAAAGGACGCUCUGUGUGAUGAUGGCGUGCUGGACUCGGUACGAUGGGUUCGGCGUCGACCUGCUGGAGGAGAGGAGAGAAGAGGAGGGGAGGCGAGAACGGAGGAGGUGGGCAGGAGGAGGAGGAGGAAGUUGCGACGGGUGUUAGUGCUGGUACGACGACAGUGCGUGAUCACGCCCGAACCUUGUGCGCGUCUCCUGUGCGUGCCUCGCUCCUUCCCGCUGGCGACGAUGUACGAGAGCACGAAGUACACAGGCGUAGCGGGACGGCGAUGACGAUGAUUGGCCGCGGCGUUCCCGCCGGCGUUUCUGCUGGCAAACAAGUGACGGCGUCGUUGCCUGCAAGCAGCCUCUUUCCUCACGCCAAACAAACCACCACAACAUGAGAGUCGAGGUUUCCCCUGUGGAUGUUUCCCCGGAGUGGAAACCGGAAACGACCAGCCCAGAAACGGAAAAAGACGGUACUUUAUCUUUUCCACCUCUGGUUUCUCUCUCUCUCUCUCUCUCUCUCUCUCUCUCUCUGUGCCCCGGAUACCUGCUCACCAACAUCCCCCUCCCCCUCCCUCUCUCACUCACACUACAGAUCCAUCUCACAGGGACCGACUCUUCCUCCGACUCCGACUCCUCGGACCGACCGCCCACUGCCCGCCUUCGCCGAGGGAGGGCCAGCAAGUCUCAGCAACAUGGAGAGAAACACGGCGGCUCCCGAUGUCGACAUCUCGAACGGGACCUGCUAUUUCAACAUCAACAACAAGGCCAAUGGCUUGUAUAUCCCUUGCGGCAAUGUAGCCGUCGGCGUUGACUGGGCCUGCUGUCUGAUUGGCGACCUCUGCAUGUCGAGCAAUGCCUGCUACCACCAGAACUUCGAGAUCACCUACGUAGCCGGCUGUACCGACUCAACCUUCCGCUCCCCCCAGUGCCCCCACAAGGGUCAGUUUGCGAACCAGCCGUGGGUCGGCCUCCAGCGCUGCGACCCCUUGACAGACACCUGGGGCGGCUGUGAGGAGGACGGGAAGGGGGACUGGCCAGGCCGCGGACCCCCGGCCGCGUGCAAGUGUGACGGCGACACCCAGCUCUUCGUCGACAAACCGAAGCUCGACUACAUCGCGUCUUUGCCCACUUCACAGGGGGGAUUUAUCUCGUGGGGCGAUCUCGGACGGCCAACCAUUGCCCCGACGAAUAUAGCGUCCACCGCUUCGGACUCGACAUUGACCGGUCCUUCGACGACUUCUGCUCCGCCCUUCACCACCACCAUCUCUUCCGUCGAUCUUAAUGCAACAGCAGGGGCGACUCCGGCCCAACUCAGCGCUGUCCCGAGUAGCGACGCUACCGCCACCCAGGCGCCGGCCCUGCCCAUCGCCGCCCAAGCCGGCAUCGGUGCCGGUGCCGGCGUCGGCGCCCUCCUAAUCGGUGGCGUCGCAGUGAUGCUGCUCCUGCGCAAGCGCAAGGCCGCGCGCGCAGACUGUGCCCGAGCCGAGACACCGUCGGACCUCCCGGAGGGCACUUAUAUCGAGCCUAAGCUCUACGACGGAAACAACGGCCCCGGAAGCCCCGCCUUCUCCGGCUUCAAGUCAGAGCUGCCGGCUGACGAACCACUGCAGCACGGCAGCGCACAGCCGACGCCCCUUUCGUCCUCCUUCCCUCCUUCUCCGUCGCACGCCCAGGCCCCGAUCCCACCGCAGUCAAUGCCUGCUUCGCCGCAGGAGACGCACUCGCGCCAGUACCACGCGUAUAACCCGCUGCUCCACGGCGACUACGCCGCGAUGAAGAGCUACGACGAUGGCAACCAGCAGCGCCGUCACUACCAGCAAUCCGAGCCGUCGCUGCGCGUUGAUGAGGCCGCGCAGCCGCCCGUCUCCCCGCUUAGCCCCCGAUCCGAAACGCACGGCUCGCUCAGUCGGCGGGUCUCAGACGCGCCGCCAGCUGCGGCAGCAGGGCCCUCUUCCUCGUCGGCAGCGGGUGGAACCGCUUUUGAAUUAGAGGGCUGACGAAGGGUCGCAGAGGGGCGUCGCGCUAACCGGGCCCCGGCCCCCGGUGUUGUACAAGGGAAUCUGAAGGGAAUUGGCGGGUUGCAGGAGAGCCGAGGUAGAAAAGGGAGACCUUACAGGGCUGAGCCCUUGGAUUCGGAGAUUUUCCCCCUCUAUCUCCCCGCGCCGCCUUAUCCGUCUUCUCCCACCAAGAGGGAUUUUCAUUUUUCCUGCUUGUUCUUCAUUAUGAUACUAUGCGAUGGAUUUUCACCGCUACGUCUGACUGACGGCGAGAACUGCUUUCUCCUUUUGCCUUUACCUUCCACACUACUCCUCUCAAGGUAGCCUGGAGUACAGGGUGCAGUUAUCGUGGUCUAGGAUUUGGAGAAGUCUUCUCGCCCAUAUCUAGAUUGGAGGGGUGGAGGGUGCCAAUAUGUAGAUAGUGGGCAGGUGUCGCCUUAAUACCUAUGUGAAUGAGUAAUUGCCUAGUUAGUACACGUGCACCUUAUGUGAGUGAGAAUGGCCCGUAUAACAGUUGGAAAACCGUAUUAAGAUUUCGAUACCGG